AUGUCACGACAUUCGCCCACGUCCACGUCAGGACGCUCACCCCGGCAGUAUCAGCUUGUGUCCCCGGGUACGCCAGUCGACCCUCGGGCGAUGAGCCAAAACAACAAAGAUCAGCUGAUCCAAUCCUUGAGGACGCACCGGGUCAACACGAUUACGGAACUGCGUCGCAUCGAGAAGAUCUUUGCGUACCUUGACUCGGCCGAGGUCACAGAGCCCAUGACCAGCGCGUGGCGCCACUACGUCAACUCGAAUAACCUGCUGAACGAACUUCGUGGACUGACCAAGCGCAUACCUUUCAGCUCCGAGUGCCUGGACGAGGCCAAGCAGCUCGUGGUCAACGAUCCGAACAGCGUCCGCAGCUGGAACUUUUGCUGGUUGGUGCUUGUCAAGAUGGAACGAGAGAAUCUUGUGGCGAAACAUGCACGGGUCCUUGCAGCGAAACCACAUACCUGGGGUGGCAAGAAGCCAACCAAAGCCGAAUUCGACCGCCUUGUCGAAGCCACCAAGACCGAGUGGACAACGGCUCUCAGGCAGAUGCUCAAGCACUGGGAUGGUAAGCCGCCUAGCACGACCGGCCGCUGA